CUUUGGGUGGAUGGGUUGCCCCAAAAACCCUUUAUUCCAAAAAGCAAAACCUCUUGUUUUCCAUCCCUGAUAAUGGAGCGCAGGGUUAUCGUAUUCGCGGCGGCAACACGGGCGUGCGUGACGCUAUUGGCGCUGGCAACAUCCGCCAUCGUGACACCCUACGACACUUCUUCGCACCUACAGGCGGGCGAUUCCUCCUUUGCGGCGCUGAGCAACUGGGACGGCGUCUACUUCUCGCACAUUGCACUGUCUGGCUACGAUUUCGAGCAUUUUCACGCUUUCUUCCCUUUAUACCCGUUGCUGGCGCGAUGGUUCGCUCGUCUAUUGCCGCUGGAGACUUCGGCGGCCGUGAUAAUCAGCGGCUGGCUUAUCAGCAAUGUGAGUUUCGUGCUGGCGGCACUGUUUCUCUAUCGCCUGGGCUGUGUCGUACUGCGGGACGAGGUCGUCGCUCGACGAGCGGCCUACCUCUUCUGCGUAGCGCCGUCCAGCAUCUUCAUGUCGGCUGUCUACUCAGAGAGUCUUAUGUGUCUGCUGAGCUUUAGCGGCAUGUACUUCCUGGCCAGGCAUGCGCAGGCUGUGAAGACGCGUCGAUCCUUCCGGGACCUUGUGCUCUGCGCUCUGCUCUUCGGUGCUGCCUCAGCGACGCGAUCUAAUGGCAUUUUGCUAUCAUGUACGUUCAGCUACUGUGUGGAGACAUGGGAUUAUGCGCCACUAAAGUGCCUCGUGUGAUUUUUGUGAUAGUGUUUAUUGCGUGGCAUCGCGUGACAGUUUCGCCACCGCCGAGAGAGGUUUUCCGGUUCCUCGGCUUCUGGAUACGCACUGCUGCUCUCGGUGUCCUUGCAAUUGGACCGCAGCUCGUGUAUUUCGUCACUUCAAUGCUGCCAUACUGUCCGUCACUAGUACGGCGUUUCGGUUGGGAAGUGUCCGGGACAGGUGAAGUGGAGGACCGUAGCUGGUGUUUCGAUGCAGUGCCCAACUUGACGGCCAUGUACACGUUUGUUCAGAGCGAGUACUGGAACGUGGGGCUUUUCCGUUACUACGAGUUGAAGCAACUACCAAACUUUAUCCUUGCUGCACCGAUUCUUGUGCUGAGCUUACAUGCACUCCAUGGAUACUUUCGGGGUAACGUCGUACCAGGGAAAUCCAUCGUGACGCAAGGACACGGUUGGCGAGGCACUGCACUCACCCCGUAUUAUGUGCAUUGGCUGUUCAUGGUGAUCAACGCGCUGCUCGUCGCACAUAUUCAAGUGACUACGAGAUUGUUGUGCGCGUGUCCUCCACUGUUUUGGCACCCAGCCUCGCUAAUGUGUGACUCCACAGUAAAGAGGAAGUCGUCCACAGUUUUGACACGCUACGGCCGGCUUGUUGUGGGCUACUUCCUGCUCUUUACGGUGCUCGGAAGUGUCCUCUUCCCUUCAUUUUACCCGUGGACAUAACAAAUAACUUCUUGGAAAUCAAAAACGCAAAUGAAUAACUACGUGUUUCGUAGCGUAAUAACCAUCCCAUCCUCCGCUACAUCCAAAUACUCCCGUUCUCACUGUCGGUCGUUCAAAACGUGGAUAUGUUUACCGCAGCGAGGGCUUCCUAA